AGUUUGUGCAGUCAAUCCAUGUUGCCUUGGUUACAGGGAUGGGCUCCACUGGCAAUAAAUACACCACACCUUGACUGACUCUCAGGUGUGGCAAUUGUGUCCGCGCAAUUAUGAGUUCAGCAAAGCCAUAACGUUUACCUCUUUCACUGAAAAGUUACUGUACUUUUACAAAGACAUUGAAAAGCUUGUCGGCCCGUGAACCAAAUACCAUCAACAAGGAAACUUGCCACUGUGAACCUACACAGCAACAACAUGGAGCAAAGAGAGGAGGUGCAAGAAGAGGAGGAGGAGGAGAAGGACAUGCACAUUCCCAGGUCACCUCCCAGGAAUGCUCAUGGCACAAAUGAAGUCUUGGGGAACCCCACAUUAGCUGAUGAUGACAGACCAGACCCGCCCAGCAGCCUGGCUCUGAUGGAGCCCCAACCCAGGAAGAAACGCCUGAUGGCCCCUGCCCUAAGUCUGACACUGGAUCGCAGUGACUCGGCAGUGUCCGACGACUAUGCCACCGCUGCCCUCAUUCCCUCCCCCGACGACGACCUGGGACUGGACUUCGACUUGGAUGCCAUGGAAACGCCCUCGGACAGCGAGUCCCUCCACUUUCCAGUGCACGACAUGGAUUUGGAGGAUGAUCUGGGAGUGGCAUCAUGUUGCCAUAAGGCCCGUGGGUCAGUACCAGAGCAGAUAGGAGUGGGCUCUCUUGACCAAGACCAGGUGGACAGCCAGGGCACUAGGUGGCGCAGGUUCUGUAUGGGAGACCCUCCUCAGGAGAGUCUGGUCAACAUGAGUGUACUGGAGCCUUACCUUCGAGUCUUGUCCCAUGGGGGUUACUUUGGAGAUGGGUCUAAUGACAUCAUUGUGUUCUCUUCCUGCUAUCUCCCUGAAAACACCAUGGAGAACUACCAGUAUGUCAUGGACAACCUAUUCAGGUACAUUGUGGGAACAUUGGACCUGAUGGUGGCGGAGAACUACGUCAUUGUGUACCUGUGUGCCAUGGCCCAGCGCAACAAGCUCCCCGGCAUUGGCUGGCUCAGAGAGUGUUAUACCACCAUUGACAGAAGGUUGAGGAAGAGUCUGAAAGCUCUAUACAUUGUCCACCCGACCUGGUACAUCAAGGCCCUGAUCACCAUCAUCAAGCCCUUCAUCAGCUCCAAAUUCAGUCGCAAGCUUCAGUUUAUCGACAGAUUUCAGGAGCUGUCCCAGCACAUCCCUAUUGAGCGUGUGCAGAUCCCCGACUGUGUCAGACAGUUUGACGAGAACAUGGACAGGUGACACGUUCAGAAUGGUGAUCUGGAACACAGUAUAAGGUUAGGUACACAAAGCCAAAAAUGUGGACUAAAAAGGCUCAAAUCUGGCAACCCAUGACUUUGAUUCUGAGGAUGAACCGGGCUGCCCAAUCUGAUAUCUGUUGUCCUAUGAGAUAACUUUAGUCAUACAUCACUUGGCAAAGUAUCUACUGAAGGACCACAAGUAGAUGCACUGUGUACAAAAACUUUAUGAACACCUGCUCUUUCCAUGACAUACUGUCGACUGACCAGGUGAAAGCUAUGAUCCAUUAUUGAUGUCACUUAUUAAAUACACUUCAAUCAAUGUAGAUGAAGGGGAAGAAACAGGUUAAAGAAGGAUUUGGGCAAGACAAAUGAUUAAAGUGCCAGGCGCACCCGUUUGUGUCAAGAACUGCAAUGCUGCAGAGUUUUUCAUUCUCAACUGUGUCUUUUGUGUUUCAAGAAUGGUCCACCACCCAAAGGACAUCCAGCCAACUUGACACAACUGUGGGAAGCAUUGGAGUCAACAUGGGCCAGCAUCCCUGUGGAACGUUCGACACCUUGUAGAGUCCAUGCCCCGACAAAUUGAGGCUGUUCUGAGGGCAAAGUGAGGGUGCAACUCAAUAUUAGGAUGGUGUUCUUAAUGUUUUGUACACUCAGUUUUAAGUAUAAUGUAACAAUGUGUACAUACACUAAUUAUUACAUUACUAUCUACUACCAUGUACAGUGGCGACCCAUCAUUCAGGGCAAGUGGGGCAGAGCCCCACCAUUUUUGGGGCUUUCCUGUUCUUCAUGUUAUGGCGUUAAUACUUGUCACAUAUCAGUUUGCAAACAACGUAAAAAACAAUAUCAUUGAGUUAAUAAAGCCGCAUACAAACAUGGCCUCUUUUUUGUUUUCCUAAGGCAGCUCCAAAGUACAGGUGUUUCAGCUUAGCUCAGUGCUUUCUGUGAUGGUGGGGCAAGCCAGCAGAAAAUACGGAGCGUUGCGCCGUGAUUGGCUCAGUGUUCUGUCACUCAUCGGGACACUACGUCACCGCCAAGUUUAAAGGUAGAGCUAGAAAAUGUAAGCCUUUUGGGUGCUGCCAUAGAGUUACAUUAGAAGUGCCCAUCCAAGAAGGUUCAAGGUCAUUGGCCACAGAUAAAAUGACAUCAAACCACAUAUCUACAGUAGCUUUGAUUGGACUGUUAACAUCAUACUUUCAAAAUCUUAGCUUGCAGUCAUCAUCAUGAAUCAAGUCGACAAUCUACUGGCAAAUAAUUUUUAAUCCUUCUCAUAUGAAGAGAAAUAAUGAAGAGAAUUUAUAGAUCAAAAUGUACCGGUGCUCAUUGGCCAUUUGACAUAAACAUUACACAACGAGUUGGAAAUCGGAAAUUCAACAAUGAGUGGUUUGGAAGGAAUCAGUGGCUAACUGCAAGCAUUGCAAAGCAAUCAUUACCCUGCUAUUCAGUAGAGUGGUUAUGUGGUCUACGAUUAAGAGUCUCUUUUCCUAGUUUAAAAUUAUAAACAUUCAAAAUUGGCCAUGCUGUCACUGAAGCAUGCUUUGUGCCGCACUCACACCAAUUCUUAACUCAGAACUGCAAAAUCUGACUUCAGUGAGUUCAAGACAACUGGGAACUCGGGGAAAAACGAGCUAUGGCUGGGAAAAUACAUUUUGAACUUUCACCCAACUCAGAACUCAGGCCUCUUUCUAGAGCUAUGACCUGAAGAUCACUGACGUCAUCAUGAUUGAACUUUUUUGUUGUUGUUGGAGUUCCCAGUUGUCUUGAAAGCACCAUAAAUCCAGAGAAUGCCAGACUUUAAUGAAAGUUUGAUGACAAAAUUUGCUCAUGAAGGACCGCCUCGCCACCUUCCUGUUUAACUGAGCACAGCACAGCAAGGUGAGUCCAAAAAUGUCUGGUAUUGUCACACCCUGACCAUUGAGAGCCUUUUUAUUCCCUAUUUUGGUUAGGUGGGGGUGUGACUAGGGUGGGUAAUCUAGGUUGUUUUAUUUCUAUGUUGGCCUGGUAUGGUUCCCAAUCAGAGGCAGCUGUUUAUCGGUCUCUGAUUGGGGAUCAUAUUUAGGCAGCCAUUUCCUCACUGUGUCUUGUGGGAUCUUGUUUUUGUGUUGCCUGUGAGCACUCCAGAACAUCACGUUUAGUUUGUUCUUGUUUUUGUGCCUUUCAUUGAAUAAACAUGUGGAACCCAUA